UAAAAUGAUUCAACGUGGUUUUUUCUUCUCUCUCUCUUCUAACAACAACAUAGAGGCAGUAGUAUCCCUCCCUCCCUCUCUUUCUUGUGUUGCAUAAAAAAAACACAAUGAGCGGCGGUGGUGGCGGUUCUAGGGUUCCGAUCCCCAACAAUGUACGGAAAAUCAUCCAUGAUAUUAGAGAGAUCACCGGAAAGCAACACACCGACGAAGAAAUCUACGCCGUCCUUAAAGAAUGUUCCAUGGAUCCCAAUGAAACCGCUCAGAAGCUUCUCUAUUUAGAUACUUUUCACGAGGUUAGAAGGAGACGGGACCGGAAGAAGGAAGGAUUGAGAAGCAGGGUUUCUGAGGAGUCUAGAUCAAAGCAACGUGGACAGGGGAGAGGGGCAAGGGGUGCUUCAGGGGGCUAUUCUUCAAACUUUCCUGAUGGUGGUGGUGGGAGGAACCUUGCUGUUCGAAGGGAAAAUGGAAUUCAUCGCACUGCAGAGAGAACUCAUGCUACCUCUACUCAGCCAGAUUUACAGAAAAGAACUAAUACAGCACCGCAAAGUCAAACCACAAGUGGUUCAGCGGAUGCACCCCAUAGUGCUGCAAAUCAAUCUAAUGGGAAGUCUGGUCAUGGUACUUUGGACCAAUCUCUCAUAGGUAGUGUAGUGAGUGUCCCUAAAAGCAGUUCAGUUACUAAUAAUGUUGUCAAUCAAGAAAAUGCCCAACCUCAAGUUGCUGUUGUUGCAGCAACCUCUUCCCCUACUCAAACCUUUGGCUCAGUUACCAGAGCUGACCAACAAAAAUCUCUGUCAAGUUCUGAUCACUCUGAAACUUCUGUAUCUGGUGUUUAUCCCUCUUCUUCAGAUCCUGUGCUGGCACCAUCUAUCUCCCGGAAUCCUGGUGUUGGUGGUGCUAUCAGUAGGGAAGUAGGGAGUGUCCAGAUAUCUGCUGAGCCAAAUCAUGUUAAAGCAAAUAAACUUGAAGAAGCUGGUGAUUUAUCAGCGUCCAAGAAUGAAAAGUCUGUGUCAAUGAAUUCAACAAGCAACUUAAAUGUCAUACAGAAGUCAAAUGAAGUUGAAAGUAAUCUGUUAUCUGAGCCCUUGCAACUCUCAUCCUCUUCCUCAUUGAAUAGCUCUAUGAGGUCAUCUUCCAGUUGCGUUAGUCAACCACCUCUGGCCAUUGUCACAGAGGUCUCAACUUCAGAAAGUCGUGUUCAAUCAGCUGAGUUGAGGCAACAUGUUAUAUUUCCAAACCAUUUCCAAGUGCCCGAAGCUUUGAAAGGUGGUCUGACAUUUGGAAGCUUUGAUACUUUAGGUCCAAGUGAAAGAUCUAGCAGUGCAACUGGUGGUGACAGUAGCACAUCUCCCACUCCUGAAUCUUCUCUAGGGAAUGACGAAGCUGCUAUUCCUAGCAACCAAAGUGCGACAUUGACUGAACACGGAGAUCAUCUUGAUUAUGCACAUUCUGCAUCUUAUCUAAUUAAAAAGACCCCAGCUUCAGAAGGCAACUCUAUAACUGGUAAUGACUCAAAGAUUGACCAGCCAAAGCAGGAAGUAUUGUUAGCUCCUGAGGGCCAUCCGAUUCUGACUGUUCAAAGUGCCCAAAACUAUGGAUUGAAUUUCAUGUCUACCAUGUUAGGGACUCAGCAAGUUCAAUAUGAGGGCAGUGAGCUUCAGGCCCAAGAAACUUCGCACUUUCCUUCCUUUGUUAAUGCAAGUUCUCAGGCCGUAUCCCCCAGCCCAACUCCACCUCUACAGAACUCUAUUCCCUUAACUCCACAGCAAGUUUCAAUUUUUAGGCCACCAUACCCAGCUAACUUCUUCCCAUAUGGCCACUAUUACCCCCCAAUUUACCUGUCUCCAAUACAUCAAUAUUUAAGCCACAACGGUUUCCCUCCACAUCCAUCAGCUGGCAACAUGUAUCUACCAGCUGCUACUGCAGCUAAUGGGAUCAAAUUCCCUCUUCCUCAAUUCAAGGCUGGGGCAAACGCAGGAAAUAUGGCUCAUAUUGGAAUCCCUUCUGGAUCAUUUAUCACUCCACCUGUUGGAUAUGCUCCUAGUCCGACAGUGAAUACUGGAAGCUCCACGGGAAAUGAAGAUCUUGCUGUGUCUCAGUUGAAGGAAAACCAGAUCUAUACAACUGGACAACUGAGUGAAGGCUCUGCUGUGUGGAUACAUGCACCAGGCCAAGAUAUAUCCAGUUUGCAAGUUAAUUCUCUGUAUAACCUUACCCCUCAGGGACAACAUCUUACCUUCCCCCCAACACAUGCCGCUCACGGCGCAUUUGCUGGUAUGUAUCAACCAGGGCAGACAGUAGCUUCAGCUUCUACCAUUUUGCAGCAGUCUCAAGCUUUGGCUGGGCCUGUUGAAACUGUAGGCCCCCCUUCAGGAUCUUAUCAGCAGCCUCAGCCUGCACAGAUCAAUUGGAAUUCUAAUUUUUAGGAUGAAAUUUUUUUCUUGGUGCCAUAAUGUUCAGAUGCACAUAUCAUGUGCUCAAAUUCAGGAAGAAUGAAUACUGGCCUGAUCUGAAGUGUAAAUAACAAAUGCGGCCAAAAAAUGAGAAAAGAAUACUAGUAACUGUUUUUGGUGCUGACGAUUUUGAAGGUUGAUAGUUGCAGGUUUUAUUUUUAUUUUCAAGAGUUCAGUUUAUUCAUCCCUCACAUGUUCUUUUGCCCCCUAAUCCUUAUAAACAUGUAGUUGUUGCUAUAAGGACCUUAGUAAUUCCCAACGAUAUGAUACUAAGCCAAAAGUUCAACUGAAUUGGUGAGAUUUACCAAUUUUUUGCGCCCUCAAUUCUCACCUGUAUAUUACAUUUUGAUAGCUGAAGACAUCGAACUAUACUAUUCGAUAUGGUUAAUGAAAAUUGUAGCAUCUAUUUUUCUUCAGCGUUA